AUGGAGCGGGCGGAGGGAGCGGCCCGGGCCGCGCUGGGAGCGGGGCCGGCACAGGGCCCGCGGGACCGGGCAGGGCGGGCACGGGCCGGGAGCGGGGCCGGGCAGGGGCAGGGCCCUGCGGGCUCGGACGGUGCAGCGGCUACAGGCGAGCGGAGCCCCGGGAGAGCGGCCGCGUGGAGCCAGGGCCGGCGGGGCGGAAGCCACGGCCUGUGCUUGUCUUCCAGCAGUGAUGAGGAAUUUGAGACGUUUUUAGCCAGAAUGAAAACUCCCAAAAGUGUUCCUAAAAAGGCAGAUGCAAGUUUGAAAAACUUCAUCGAUGACUCAGAUGAUUUCUUCUUGGACUUUAAAGCGAGAAAGAGCACAAAAAAGAAUGCACCAAAGGAUCUUCAGACCCCCAGGAAGUUGAUGAGUUCUGGAAAGAAAAGCACUUGCUGCCAAGAAUUGCAUUAUGGAGAGAGUUCAAGUGACACUGAGGAUUCUGUCUUUGUAGAAAGUCCUUGGCUUGACCACCAAAAAGGGGGUGUAAAAGACUGGAAAGAGAGUCAGAGGUGCACAAAACUUUCACCUCCACAAAAUCUGAAAGAGUCAGUUUCCAAAGGCAGUCCAGAUUUGCCUGUUAGAAGGAAAGAAAGAAGCUGUGAGAAGAGCACAGAAAAUAAAUUGCCCACUGUGGCAGUAGAGUCAGACAGCUCAGAUGACAGCUUUGAAUCGUUAAUGGAACGGAUAAAGAAGCAAAGUCUGCCCCAAAAACCAGUCUUAGGCACAAAUAAAACCAUCUAUCAGCCCAGCUCAGCAGAAAACAUCAAGCCACCCUGCAAAGAUGCACAGCCUUCGAAAGGGGAGGGAGUGAAGAUACCAAGGCCAAACUCCACUUCAGUUGCAGAAAUAUCUUCCAAGACAAGGACUCCUGCAAGAAUUCCUGGGAAUGAAUUGGUCAGUUGCUCACAAUCAGCAAAGACAGAUAGAAGGCUCAGGGUAUGCUCAGUGCCUGGUUGUUUCUUGCAAGAUCUUUCAAAUCCCACUUCCCACUACGUGAAGUAUUUCAAGAAGAAUAAAGAGGAGCUGACACAGAAGCUCUACAGACUGUUUAACAGCACCAUCUUUGAUCAGAAGUUACCAGAGACAAUGGAGAUAAUCUGGAAUAAGAAGAUGAGAAAAACAGCAGGAUAUUGUGUGACAGGGCAGACAGGUCCCCAACAAAAGCGUUACGCUCGCAUAGAACUUUCUGAGAAAGUCUGUGACUCUGCAGAUCGCCUUCGGGACACGCUGAUCCACGAGGUUUGCCACGCGGCCACCUGGCUCAUCAACGGUGUUCGUGACGGACACGGGCGGUUCUGGAGGUUCUAUGCCAACAAAUCAGCUGUAAUUCAUCCAGAGCUGCCAGUAGUAACACGGUGCCACAGCUACGAGAUCAACUACAAAUUCACCUACGAGUGUGCUCAGUGCAAAGCUAAGAUCGGCCGGCACUCCAAGUCCCUGGACACGGAGCGGUUCGUGUGCGCGUUCUGCGGGGGGCGGCUGUCCCUCAGCCAGCCCCCGGGCAAGGGGGGCACUCCUGCCAGGACACAGCUCACACCCUUUGCCAAGUAUGUGAAGGAAAACUACGGACUGGCCAAGAGAGAGCAGCAGGGGCUGAGCCAUGCAGAGGUCAUGAGGAAACUCGGUGCUGAUUUCGCUUUGAAAACCAGGCUUGAUGAUUCCUUUUAAUAUCUCAAUAGAUUUCCUUACUUGAUGCCACUUAAAUUUUGUAUAUAGAGUAGUAGAUGAGUCUAACGUG